AUGUGGAGAAAACUACUGGAUUGGAAGCAAAAAUUGCCUACAAGAGAAUGGAUAAUAGGGGGUGAUUUUAACGCAAUCAAAUCAAGAGAGGAAAGGAAGGGGAAGACUGUAUCCAGUGGGGGGGAAAUGGAGGAGUUUGCGAAGUUCAUAGAACUCAUGGAAGGGGUGGACCUACCUGUGAUAGGAAAAAAGUUUACGUGGAUUAACUCUAACGAGAAAGCGAGAAGCAGAAUUGACAGAAUAUUACUUUCAGAAGGAAUUAUCAAUCGGUGGAAGGUUGUGGCUCAAGUCACAGGGAACAGGGAUAUCUCAGAUCACAUGCCGGUUUGUGUGAAAUCCAGCAAUCUUUAUUGGGGCCCUAAGCCAUUUAAAGUUUUCAACAGUUGGGAUGAAUAUGAAGACUUUUUCAGGUUUGUAAAGCAACAAUCGGACUCGGUUACAAUCAAGGGUAGUAGUGCUUUCAUGUUGAAGGAAAAAUUUAAGAGGUUGAAGGAUAGUCUGAGAGGGUGGAAUCAUAGUGUUUUUGGCCGUCUAAACUUAGAAAUUGAAGAAGAAGUGGAGUUACUGAAUGAACUUGAAAUGGUAGACACAUCUAAUUCAAGCCAGCUAAGUCAAGAAGUUAAUGACAAAAGGAAAAACUUACAAGAAAACUUUUGGAGGAAAAUUCUUCGCAAAGAGAGCAUGUUAAAAUAA